AUGGCUAACCAGAGCUUUGCCAUCGAUGGCCCAGGUAGUUUACUGGCUGUGCUGGCUUCGCAGAGUGGACUGGCAAGAGGCGGCAGCAGCAGCAGCAGCAGUAGUGACAGCAGCAGCAGUGGAGGAAUCUCUGCCACAGAUGUGUCUGCCUACUUUAAGCUGGUCUUCUUGGGGUUGAUCAUCUGUGUCAGCCUUGUAGGCAACCUCUUGGUCUCCCUGCUGGUCCUACGAGACAGGACACUUCACAAAGCCCCCUACUUCUUUCUCCUGGACCUGUGCCUGGCCGAUGCAGUUCGCUCUGCUGCUUGUUUCCCUUUUGUGCUGGUUUCUGUCCACAACAGCUCGGCCUGGACUUACAGUGCCUUGAGUUGUAAAGUUGUGGCUUUUAUGGCUGUGCUAUUUUGUUUUCACGCUGCCUUCAUGCUGUUUUGUGUGGCUGUCACCCGCUACCUUGCCAUCGCCCACCAUCGGUUCUACGCCAAGCGUAUGACCAUCUGGACCUGCGCCGCCAUCAUUUGCAUGGUGUGGACUCUGGCUGUCGCUAUGGCGUUCCCACCUGUCUUUGAUGUGGGGACAUACAAGUUCAUCCGUGAUGAGGACCAGUGCAUUUUUGAACACCGCUACCUGAAGACCAACGACACCCUGGGCUUCAUGCUCAUGCUGGCUGUGGUGGUCCUGGCCACCCACGGUUUCUACGCCAAGCUGCUGCUGUUUGAGUACAGGCAUCGCAAGAUGAAACCAGUCCAGCUAGUACCAGCCAUCAGCCAGAACUGGACCUUCCACGGUCCUGGGGCAACAGGUCAAGCUGCAGCUAACUGGAUUGCAGGGUUCGGUCGUGGCCCCAUGCCACCCACUCUGUUGGGCAUCAGGCAAAAUUUACACAAUCAACACCGGCGGCUGCUCGGGAUGGAAGAGGUGAGGUCAGAGAGGAGGCUGGGCAGGAUGUUCUACACCAUCACCCUGCUCUUCCUGGUCCUCUGGGCCCCCUACAUCGUGGCAUGCUUCUGGAGGGUGUUUGUGAAGUCCUGCACCAUCCCUCACAGGUACCUUUCCAUCACAGUGUGGAUGAGUUUCGCCCAGGCUGGAGUCAACCCCAUCUUCUGUCUCCUGCUCAACGAGGACCUGAGAAAAGUGCUGAGAGCUCACCUGCCCACCUACUGGAGGACUAAACAACACCUGCCCCAGGAUGAGGCCUACUGCAUUAUGUGA